CGAUAUUUUUUUGUGUAAUCAAAAGAGUGGAAAUGUUUGUGUUUUUUCGCCGAAAUAUUUUUGAGAAACGAAUUUGUGUCGGAUGUUCACAAACAAUGAAAUGAAAUUUGCAACCAAAAAAUAGGUUAAUUUGAUUGAAACGAAAGUGUGCUGCAGUUAGUACAACCUUGAACGCAUAAGAACGAAACAAAUCAUUUUGGUUCGGUGAACAGCAAAAUUUCUACAGUCGACAGGAGUAAAAAGUCAAUAGAACCAUUUGAUCGGACACUAUUACAAUCUGGUUAUACUGUCGCAAACAGUGUAUAUGGUGUCGUGUCUGCCAGAUUUUGUCGGACGGAUUUUGACUGCUCGCCAUGUUUUAAAAAGACUUUUUUUUGAAGUGUUCUUGUGCAUUCGAAUCGAGAAACUUUUUUCCUACGGCUUUUUUGUUGAAUGUUUGAACUCAAUAAGUUUGAUGCAAUCAAUGAGCAUCGCUAAAGUCGAUUGAUUUCGGUUCGCUAACAUAGUUUCGUACAAGGACAACAUGGAUCCUAGCCUGCGAAAACUUUAGUUUAUUUUUUGUUAUUUUUUUCUCUUUCCUAAUAAUAGGAUCCCGUACGAUUUCGGAACGAUAUCACUGAGACAUCGAAACAACUCACACACAAGCAAAAUGGCUGAAGAAACAUCCUAUCACGAUGGUGACAUAGUUUGGGUGAAAAUGAAUAAACUUUGGUGGCCGGGCGAAGUUCACGGAACGAAUCGAUUGCCGAGCGAUUUUAUGGAUCAAUUCAAGAAACCGCCACUUUUUGUCAUAAAAUUUUUCCAAGAAGAGAACUACCAUUGCGUCAAUCAGUCGCAUCAAAUAGCAAGAUAUAAUUGUGCCAAGAAAAAUGAAUUCAUUAAGAAAGGGCUGGACCUGUACUACGCCAAGCACAGUUAUAUGGCAGAGUUUCCGGCCGAUGUUGCUAUUGCUGAAAAGAGAACGGGUGGUAAUCCCAAUAUUAUUCACAGCAAGGAAUUUAUGCCAGUCGUAAAAGCUGAUAAAGCGACGCCAGUCGCAACUGCUAAGGGUUCCACAUCGCGAAGUAGACGUGGUCAACAGCAAAUACAAACUAGCGCACCGUCAAUACCGAGGGUCAUGUUCAAACCGGAUCACGAUACUCGCAUUCUAAUGCCGAGUUCUCCAGCUACAUUUGCAUCAUCACCAUCAUCAGCACCAACAACGCCGACUGCCGCUGAUAACAAAUACAAAUGUAAUUCGUGCAAUUUCAGUACGAACCGAAUCAAUACCUUGAUUUGGCACCAGAAAACACACAGUUCACCGAAAACGCCCCAAAUGUCAACGACGCCAAAAUAUCCAACCAAACAUACCCCCAGCACAACCACGUCGGAUGAAACGAAUUCGUCCAGUUCCACAAAGGUUCCAUUGGAAACGGAAGCAAUAUCGAAAGAUUGUGCUCAAUCGAAGCCACCUUCUGAAAUCGCAGAACCAGAGGACGCCUCACCCGAGCCAGUGGAAAGUAUGCCAGAACCGGUUAUGCUGCCGGCAAAACCGAAAGGGAAACGUGGUCGAAGUGCAAAAGAACCAAAGGCAGCGGACAAGACACCGAAGACUGACAACAAAUUGAGAAAUAUAUUGGAUGACUGGUCGGAUGAUGAAAUGGCCGAGGCUGGUCCAUCCGGAUUGACAUCGUCGCAUAAAAUGGUCAAGGGUACCGUUAAGGAUGAAGACGUUGAGGACGAGAUAAAACAGGAAAAUAAAAGAUCGAAAUUGGACAAUGAAAUGUUGAGCAAAUCAAACAGAACUGAGGUGGUCAAUGCGGUGGCUGAGUACGACGACCAGAAUUCGGAGAUCGUAAGUUCAAUUGCAAGCGAAGACGACGAUAAAUCAAAACUGGGCAAGACAAACGGAAAAGGUGAAACAGUCACACCAUCGAGUAUACGACGUCGAACCAACGAUGUUACGGAUGACGAUACGAAACCUCAGACUCGUUCAUUGAGAAGUGGAAAGACUACAUUGGCAAGUGAGAGCUCCCCUCUGCUACCGAAGCGACGAGGCCGAGCAAAACGAAGCGCAAAUGAUUCCUUGAAAAGCGAAUCCGCCACGUUGGAAGUCAAAGAAAGUGAGGCCGAGCCUGUGGUGCCUGAACAACGUGAAACUGACAAUGCACAGACUUCUUCCAGUGAUAAAAUUUCCGAUGCAUCGGUUGAACCGGCACCGGUUCAAGUAAGUGCACCAAAUAAAAGCCAUUCGAAAACUAGCCGCAAAGGCAAGCCUCGACGCAAAGAAGAAAUUAAGUUGUCGAACAACAUAUCCGUGGCUGUGUUAGUGGAAAAAACCAAUUUAAGUCCGCCGACGGAUUUCGGAAUUGAGCAGAAAUUGGACACACGAGCUGAAGACAACGACUAUGCCAAUGUUGUGCAUAAGAAAAUCCGAUACAUGAGCCGUAAUUCGACUGAUGGCCACCGAAAGUCAAUUGAAUUGUUAGAAGUGCCAAAGUUGCCUGCACUAGCCAGUGAAUCGAAGGAAAUUGAGGGAAAUGAUCGAAUGAUUGAGGAGCUUGAUAACAAUCAGGAUGCUGACACAACGAAAGAAUCAAUUCACGGCAACGAUCUAAGCGAAGAGAAAAUUGUUGAGUCGAAAAGUAACGAUGUGUCAGCUACGUCGGAGGACCCCAAUUUAAGCGGGACAAGUUCACUAAAUCCAGAAAAGACGGAAGAAGGUGAGAAAGUAACAGAAAAUUCAAUUGUUACAGAGGCACGACAGGAACAGCGUGUAGUACCGAAAUGCUAUGAACGAAAGGUAUCACCAAAGAAGAACUUACCGACAGAUCGAACUGACUCCCGCACGACCUCUCCGCUAUCCUUCGCUGACGGUACGAAUGAGGACACAUAUGAACUACCCUCGUCGUCGAAUCUACGACAAAGAUCGCCGAGACGUUACGAGAAUAUGAGAAACCGCCGUAAAAGUGAUCGAAGAACGGUGAGCAACGACGACCUCACUUCAAUAAUUAAGGCGAUUGAUGACAAAUGUGACGGAAGUGAUAGUGCGAGACGGAAAUCGAUUGGGUUGAACAAUUCACUCGAUGAAGACACCGGAAAAUUGUCGGAAACUAUCAAUGGCAAAGGAGAUGUGACUGAAAAUUCCGAUUCUAAAACAUCUACGCCAGAAAAAGCCGACUCAUCCAAGGAAUUGGACUGCUUUGAUUUUACCGAAGACGAAUGCCUGAAGCCACCGGAAGUAUUAAAUCGUCGUAAACGACUACCUCCAGCGAAAGUUUUUGAAUUGGACAACAUUGACAAGAUUGAAGAGCAGCGGAAAAUCGACGAAGAAAGCGCACGAGUGACACAGCAACGCGAAGAAGAGAACCAAAAAUUGCAUGCCGAAUUGGAGAAUUUGCUGAAUUCAACAACGCCGGCAACGUUGCCAGAAAUUCCUGUCGGUCCGAAGGUGCAUGAAAAUUUUCCCGAACGUCGCGCGGAAAAGGAUCCGGAGAAAAUUGUCGCUAAAGACGGUGACGACAAAGAUCGAAUGCUUCCACCGAAGGAACGAAACAAACGAAUUUUCAAGUAUCGCAAUCGCAAUCGACGACCGGAGUUCGAUAUGAAAGUUGGAUGUAGUGUCGAGGAGGCAAAGGGCAAUGAUGCUAACGGUUCGAUGCAGCAAUCAGAUGAUGUCAGUGAUACUAACGUGGCAACGAGUGGGGAUAAAUUGGAGCAGGAAUCGAAAUUAAAGGAACAUGUGCCAGAGAAUGACACUGGAAAGGAUACACCGUCAGCUCAUGAUUUGAAAAUUGAAAUUGCUGAAACUUUGAUCAAUUUUCCGCUACUGUCGCCUCAUACUGAUGUGUCCGAAGAACCUGUCAAAAAAGUAGUGGCUACCAAGCAACCAGCCAUCAAGCGUAAAGAGUCUGCUAAAACUACUAGAAACGCUAAGAAAUCACGAACGACAGCGCCAGUUGAGAGUACACCGAAAAUCGAACCUGAUGUUAAACAAGAACAAACCACAGAAAUAGUACAGUUGCUUGAUAGUGCAACAAAGGGACAUUCUUUUAUCGAUGGCAAGAAGCACAGCUCCGAAGCAAUUGUUCUGAGCCCGAAUCAAGAUGGUACUGUCACGAAUCUACCAUCAAAUUCAACUGGCAAAAAAAUUAUGGAAAAACAAACUGCUAAUCCAGCAAUGAAUGCUGCACCUUCGAGUUCUGUGCGAGAUUUCAGUCGCAUCCGACUAAUCGAGAAAAUCGAAAAUCGAGCACUAAUUCAGCCGACUGAUGAAGCGCAACCGUCAAAAGGCAAUCAGUUGCCGUUAAAGAAGACCAUCGUAUUGACGCAAACAGAAGGCAAUAGUUUCGUCACGCAACUACCGAAGAAACGUAAAUCUCAAACGGACGACGAUGUACCGGCGUUCGUGAUUGAACGGCCUGAUGUUGCAUCCGAGCCGAAUAGUGGACCCAGUUCGGUCAAAAAGGAGCCGAAAUCGUUUAUUGUGACCAAGGCGGUCAAGAAGCACAUUACUGGAGAUCUGACGAGACAAAAUACAACAAAUACCGGCGGACUUCACACUUCACACGACGUCAGCGAAAGUAUUCAUUCGCAGCAGGACACGAAAUCCAAUGCAACGACGAGCAUUGACACAUCAGUUCAGGCGGUAUCGUUCGAAGCGGCCGAGAGAAUUUCAAUGGAAACGCCGGUGAUAGUAGCAGGUCAAUUCGUCAUGCCACCAGCGACGACAAAUACGCAGCAAAACCGAACGAUAACUACAUCAACAGUGACGUCAAGCCUUUUGGGCAGCUUAUCAGCCAAUCGUCCAUGUACAAUAGCACCUGCCAAAAGACCUUCCUAUCGUAAACCCGCCGAUAUGACCGGGGUAACACAAAAACAAAUUGGCGUCGAUGUAAAAGGUAAUCCCAUAGUCGUCUACUCGAAAAUCGAAUCGAUUGGGACGCAUGCAUCACCACCGACAAUGGCUCAGGCCACACUCACCGUGCAACGGAACGACCCGAAUCCGAGUACAUCUCAAGUGGUCCAAUCGUUUACGGGAUCGCUGCCAUCGAAUCAAGGUAACCAAUUCGUUAUAACCAGCAAGGGAACAUUGAUAACAAACAAACCAUUCACAACCACAACGCAUUCGACACCACUCCAUCAACCAACAUUGACAAAUCGAUCGAACAUCAUUCACACUCAGUUCAUAUGCUCGCCUAAUCCACCAAUGUUCCACACGCAACAAGAACAAAAACAGCACCCAUCCCCACAAUCCAGUCAAAUCAUCAUUCAGAAUAAACCGCCAAAUUCAUUGUCUCAAAUCUCUUCAGUAGCACCAGCCGGCAAUAAACCGACGACAAAUCGACGAAGUGUUGGAGUUGGAAACAAAACGAAAGUACCCGAUAAGUCAGCGGCAAAACCAUCAAACGACACAACAGCCACAUUGAAAAAGCGAAUUGUUCGACGAAUAUCGAAGAAUCAACCAUCCACGGCAGCUGCCCAACACGUACAAUCCAAUCAACAACAACACCAGCAAGUCAUAUUAAAUUCCGAAAUCAAUUACAUUGGUAAUGCACCAGUCCCGCCGUUGAUACCAAUAAACGAUCAGUCCGCCACAUCACGGCAACAGUCAACGAAGCAGCGAUCUACUCAAAUGACAGUCGUCGCAGAGCCACAAUCAAAGAUCAUUCAUACGGAGGUCGUCGAACAGCAACAGGAUAAUAUAUUGGCUUUGCCGGGUGAUACACCAGGAUUUGGUGGACCAACUGGAUCGUAUUUCCUUUGCAAAUUGAAUGAAAUGGGAAUGUACGUUCCCAUCGAUCGUCAGCCGUUAUACUUGGAUGUGACCGACAAUACAAAUCUAUUGAAACCGAAUGCUCCGGAUGCUGUGACGCAGAUACAGACAGUUACAUUGGAUGAAACUGAACUUGGACAACAGUCACCUGGGCUAAAUGAAGUCGAACGUGUCAUUGCGACCAACCAAUCAGCACUUGUCGACCAGGAUGUUAACAGUCCAAAAUAUUUGAUCAACAUCAGUGACGGUCAACAAUUGCUUGUAGACCAGCAAGGUCUAAUGGCUCUAACGAAUGGCGAAGAGUUCCCGCAAUUUGUCACACCCGACGGACAACAAAUCAUUCUGCAGAGUGGCCAGAACGAUAUUCUUUCGGCGAUCGCUUUUGCCGAAGAUGUGGGACUCAUUGCUGGCCAGCAAAUUCUAAUUCCCGAAGACGAUCUAGCUGUGAUACAGGGCCAAGGCGGUAAUCAUGAUAUUCUGGCGGCUGCACUAGCUGGCACAGAAGGCUUCAGUCAGGAGCAAUUCAUCGACAAUGUUUUAGCGACGAAUGGUGUCGAGGAUAUUGUCGUCGAUCCAAUGGUCUAUCACGCAAUGACACAGCCGAACAUACCGCCACUAACAAAUGCGGUAACCAACGAAACCAAUGCCGUUUUAACGCAACCACCCAUAAUGUCCACGCUCGAACAACCAACCAAAACCGACCGAAUAUCGCCGAGCCAUUCACUGGAAUUGUGCGGUCACAAUUUGGACGAAAGUUUGGCGGUUAUCGGUGUCACAUCGAAUAAUACGAAUGUACCAACGUCACUGGAACUGCCCAUCACAAUCACGAAUCCGGCUAUUGCACCGAAAUCGACGACGGCAACGAUGUCAGCAAUUUACCCGCCUUCGGUAGCAGCGGAACACGAUUUGGACUAUGACAUUUUCAGUUCAUCGUCACCGAUCACUCAUCAUUUGACUCAGCCGUUGGCAAUCAAUGAAAACUAUCGAACGGUCAAUGUUAUCAAUUCCAUUGGAGAUAUCGAUUUGGACUCGAAUAUUGUGGCAGUGGCUGCAUCGAACGAUCAAUUUACUAAAAGAAAUUAAAAAGAAGAAAAUUUUUUUCUUGAUUUAUAAAUAUGGACAGACAAAGUGGAAGCGGGCGCAUAUGGCGAGAAUAGAAAAGUAAUGGAAAAUAUUAAUUACUGAACCUGCUGCAUUCGAUGUAAUAAAUAGCUGCAAUCUAUGUUAUUUCAAAAAUAAUAUAUUUUAUGAAUUCUAAUUUUCAUUUAAAAC